UCAAUAGCUAAGCGGAAUUUCCGCCAGUACAUCAGUUUACCGACCUGUUCCAGCUUCAUAAACCAACUCGCUUUAAUGUACGCUUUGAAAUGUAAUGAGACACGUUUAUUUUGAAGCAUAAGUGAGUAGCAGUGAGCCAGGUUCUGAUGGACGCUCCGCCCUUCAGAUGAGGAUGCUGGAAUGAGUCGCGAACAUCACAAACAUCAUGAUGGAGUCUCACUUCAGUACAUCAUCAGUGUUAUUCCGCUGCUUUAGCUUGUUGAAACUCCGUGCUGUGUGGUAAUGGAGAUUUAUAAUUGCAUUGCUCACCCGUUAACGUAGAAUGCAAACGUUGCACUUCUUGGUCCUAUAUAGAAAUGUAUGAAUAUCUGUUUUCGGACUGUUUAUAAAAACGUUCAUUUGGUCGUGUUGUUAGUAAACCGUUUUAAUGGGCAGGCUGGAAUGAUCGCGCCGGUCAAGAGGAAGCUUCUAAUUUCUCUGGAUUGUUUCAUAGUUUCUCAACAAUAACUUACUGUUCCAGAGUAUAAUAUAUGUUGAACUUUAUAGAAUACGUAUAUUGAGUACUCCAGUCUACAUCAGCUGUGUUAAAUAAGAGUUUAAAGUUAAGCUCUUGACAUUGACCUCCUGGAUAAACACAAAUGAUCUACAUUAAACAGAUCCCUUUUUCUUGGGUUCAUCCUUGACUCUACUGUUUUCUGAUGGAACAGAAGGUCCUCAAUAAGCCCUCCAUGGUGUCCAGACUGCCCAAAUUUGGUUCCCGUCCUGCCAAUGGCAUCCCCUCCUCCCUUCCCAAUGGUACGACUCAGACUGUGCCCACCCAGGAGGGCAAGAAUACGCGAAUGGUCAGAGCCUCCUCCUUUUCCAUGAAAUGGAAGAAGGUGAAUGGUGGGUCAACGGACCCUUUAAGCCCAGAUGAGGACACUCCUCCUGAAGAAAAGAAGGAAGUUUGCUCCCCUCAUUCUCCAUGGAAUAGGGAGUUAAAAAGUGCUGCCUCUUUAUCCACUGGAAGCCCUAAAACCAUGAACAAAUCCCCAAAGUCUAUCUCUAGUCUCAAAGCAAAGCCCAAAAACCCUCAGAUCAUGACAACCACCAACAGCCAGGACACAUCCCCAAAAAACUCAGGCUCUAAGCCAACUCAAAACGGUACGCUACCUGUGGGGUCAUCAACUGGUCGUAGAGUCUCUUCAGUGAUCCAACGACCAAGAGCAAACUCUGGCUCUACUCGAAGCAGCUCCAAAGAUAGCCUGUCUCAGUCCAGCGACAGCCUCUUAAGACAACCCCUCGAACUGGACCCUAUGGUACGGUCUCAGAGCUUCACCCAUUUCAAACAACUGCCCUCGCCAACCAACAAACCCAUGACACGGUCCUUCUCUUUCAACAAGGCUGCUGAGCUUGCCAAACCACUAGCAAAUACACAGCUACGCCCACCACGGACACUUGGACUUAAAUCGCCCCAGAGCAAGGGACGGCUUCUACUAGGGUUAGGGGGAUUGGGGGUUGGAAAGGGGCUAUUAGAUCAACUCCCUGCUGAACGUCCUCCCUCAGAGGGCUUAACACCAUCUAAUAGCAUUAAAAGGCCUCUUCUACGUAACUCUUUGUUGACAAAGCCAUAUAGGCUAAAUCGACCAAUUGCUGCCAAACCACAGUGCCCUCUAGUGGCUGGGAAGACUCCUGUAGAGAGUGACGUUUUAACCCCCCCUCUCACUCCAGAGCUGCCCCAACUUACCACGAAGAGCGCAUCAGCUCCUACAGAAUUCGCAGAGGGGCCUUUCACAGAGCAGGGGCUGGAUGGAAACCUCUGUUAUGCUGCGGAGGGACCGGAGGACAUGUCAAUCUCCUCUGCAUCAUCGCUGGAAAAGAAUGAUACCAGUGAGGAGUUCCUUGAUGACUUCAACAACCUAGGGGACCAAUCACAAAACGCAAUCCCACAUAAAAAAAAUCCUGGGGCCACAUCCAUGCAGACACCCCUUCAGAGCUUCUUAAGUGAGACCAUGAACUGGCCUGGGAUUGGUCUGGCAGGUGGUAAGGCAGAUUUGAGUUGUAGACCACCCUGUGUGCCACCACUUAUGUCGCCAGAUGUGGAUCGUCAUGCAGCCUCCUCUCUGGAGCUCUCACCUUCUAAUAGCUCAGGAGGAACAUACAUGUGGGAUGAGGAGGGCAUGGAACCACUGGGGAAUAACACACACAUACACCGCUGCAGCAGCUAUGAGUCAGACCUCAACAGCAUGGACAUUCUGAAUAACUUGGAAAACACUGUAUCAUGUGACCUGGAAGAUGAUGACCUCAUUCUUGAUGUGAAUCUGCCAGAGGAUGGCGCCUUACACAGUGAUGGAAUGGCCCACUGUGAGCGCUCUGAGAGGGGGGGCCGGCCGGCUCAGUGGAGGAGGAGACAGCAGAGAUGGAGUGGAGCUGAUCAUGCUCACAAUGACAACAGGCUGCUUGGGUUGCAUUACGAUGGGUGUCGUACAGGCCAUUGGCCUCUCCAUCAUGCAGUUCAGCAUGACAGCCACACAGUGGUCUCACUAGAUGAGCUCACUCUCAAGCACAUGGCUGAGGACUGCUCCUCUGUCAAAUCACAGCUGUUCAAACUCAAGAGUCUACUGCAGAUGAAUGAUGGUGAGAUUACUCCAGAGAAUGUGGAGUCCAGCGAAGAUGACAGCAGAGCACAGCAGAUGGAGGAGCUGAUGGAGGAGAUAGCACGCCUCAGGGAAGAGCUGAAAAAUAAAGAUAAAAUCAUCACUCAGCUAACUCAACAACAUCGACAAGAAUCUCUGGUGAGAUGUCAUUGUCAACAGAAGAAGACUGGGGUCAAAGGUGAGAGAAGAACACAUCAUGAUAAAUCCACUCAGACAGUGUUGCGGCCGCCCCAUCAUCGCCACGCUGCUGUAGCCACUCCUCUCCACUCUCCCUGGCAGUGCCAGUAUCAGUCUGCACCCCGUGCCAGCAUGCCUCAACGCCGACAAACCUCAAAUACUUCAGCCCAUCAGCCACAUCCCCAACGGGACCCUCAUCCAGGGAAGACUAGCAAGAACAGUCCCCACCGGGUGCUCUAGUGAUGCCUGUACUGUGGUGGAGAGGUCUUCUGUGUCCUGUCCUUCCGCCCCUUGUUGUGGUACAGUUUCUCCUCUUGCUUUGAACGAUACUGAAGAACCUCACAUGGAGUCAAGAUCUCUGCCUGACCCAGAGGAGCUUAGCCAGUU